CCCGCGCCGGCCUUUCGCUGGCCGGAAGCAGCCGACGGCCGGGCCCGCGGGAACAUGGAGGCGCUGCUGAAGCGGGAGCUGGGCUGCGGCUUCGUCAAGGCUACGGGUCACUCGGGGGGCGGGUGCAUUAGCCAGGGCCAGAGUUACGACACGGACCAAGGACGCGUGUUUGUGAAAGUGAACUCCAGGGCGGAGGCCAAAAGAAUGUUUGAAGGCGAGAUGGCAAGUUUAACUGCCAUCCUGAGAACGGACACCGUGAGAGUGCCCAAGCCCAUCAAGGUCCUGGACGGCCCGGGAGGCAGCAGCCUGCUGGUGAUGGAGCACGUGGACAUGCGGUACCUGAGCAGCCAUGCUGCCAAGCUCGGAACCCAGCUCGCAGACCUACACCUAGACAACAAGAGGCGUGGAGAGACCCUCCAGAAGGAGGCCAGCACCGUGGGGAAAGGAGCCGGGCAGGUGGUGCGACCCUUCGUGGACCAGUUUGGGUUUGACGUGGUGACGUGCUGUGGAUACCUCCCCCAGGUGAACGACUGGCAGGAGGACUGGGUCGCCUUCUAUGCCCGGCAGCGCAUUCAGCCCCAGAUGGACAUGGUGGAGCAGGGCUCUGGGGACAGAGAGGCCCGGGAGCUCUGGUCUGCUCUGCAGUUAAAGAUCCCUGACCUGUUUCGCGACCUGGACAUCGUCCCAGCCCUGCUGCAUGGAGACCUCUGGGGAGGAAACGUAGCCGAGGACUCCUCAGGGCCCAUCAUCUUUGACCCGGCCUCUUUCUACGGCCACUCGGAGUACGAGCUGGCGAUAGCCGGCAUGUUUGGGGGUUUCAGCCACUCCUUCUACUCCGCCUACCACCGCGCAGUCCCCAAGGCCCCGGGCUUUGAGGCCCGCCAGCAGCUCUACCAGCUCUUCCACUACUUGAACCACUGGAAUCAUUUUGGGUCGGGGUACAGAGGGUCGUCGCUGAACAUCAUGAGGGAUCUCACCCAGUGAGCGUCCCUGCUUUGGACAGGUCCCAGCCAGACGCCUGCGGCCAGCGCCUCCUGCUGCCCCCAGUCCUGUCCGGCAGGGCUGCUUCCCCGAGUCUUCACACUAACCUUUUGCUCCAUGGCUGGGUAAAACCACGCUGGGGUGGGUGUGGGCCCCAUCGCGUGGGCCCUGUCCCCAUCGCGUGGGCCCCGUGGAAACUGUUGCCCGGAGGCUGAGCUGGAACUGGCCGGCGUGCCGGCUGCUGCUGAGCCCGUGUUCCUCGGCAGCCCCUCCCGUCUCCUCUCUGGGAGCGACUCUGAUGUGGGGAAGAUGCCUCCCGGUGGGUUAGACGUGGGGGUAGACAUGAAACCGGCACCGCGGUCGGCUUCUUGUGGCCGGUUUCACCGAGCUCAUUCCCUUCCUUUCCGGGCCCGCUCUGCGCCAGCCACAGGCCGAGCAGCCUGGAAGCUCAUUCUGGGAGUGACCAAACUGCGGGUCCUGGGUAAGUUUAGGAGCCACUGCAUCCCUCCUGUCAGCACCCCGUCUUGCCUGCCCUCCUAAAGCUCGUGAGCUGCUCCUUUGUGUAAAAGCGCUAACCCCACGCGGGACUGUUCUGAUUCCGUCGAAGCUAAGAAACCUUUUGCAUAAACAUUUGAAUAAACUUUCACUGAUUUCAGUCAUGCA